CCAGCCCCCAGCUCCUGACAUCUCGGGUAAUUAGGUGUCUAUACCCACCACCACUACUCCCACCUUUGGACCCAGACCUCCGAGCUGAGCCUCCCACCUCCCUUCUCCCUUUCUUGAAUCUGAUCGCGAAUGGGCCAGCCUUGGAGGCAUCAACCUCCCCCAGCAGAAUUUCUCAGCUGUCUUGAAUCAGGCCGUCGCUCUUUGGCUCCUCCCCAAAGCCCGGGAGAAGAGUGGACACAGCAGGGAGAGCGCGGGCGGAGAAGGAGCACAAAUCGUCCCGCAGACUGGUGACCUGAGACAGUUAUCCCAAGCGGUGCUACCUGUGCCGAUACCUCCCAGAGAAAGAGACAGAGGGAUCCUCGUCAGCAGAGUGAAUUGCAGAUUCCUUCAGGAGCUACUGGGCCUGUAAUAAGAAAGCCAUGGAGUCCUUUGAAGAAUUAUCUGAUGCACCAGAGGAAGAGACUUCCAAGAAACCCCAAACUUCCCGCCUUCAAGCCUCUGUGCCCUGGAGGCUCAAGGCCAAGGAUAUUCGAGGUACCUCGACCCAAAACUACUUUAUUCAGACAAAGCAAACUGAGAACAUCUUGAUCCAGGUUGCCUUCUCUGUUGGGCUGGGUAGCAUGUGGCGUUACCCUUACCUGUGUCAACAGAAUGGAGGAGGUACCUUUAUCCUGAUACACUUCUUCAUGCUGCUUUCAUUCGGGAUUCCCCUCUUAUAUAUGGAGAUGAUCCUAGGGCAAUGGCUGCGUGUGGACAACAUCGGGGUCUGGAAGAAACUUGCCCCCUGGCUGGGUGGCGUGGGCUAUGCUAGCAUACUGGUGUGCAUCUUGGUGAGCUGGUAUAACAGCAGCAUCGUGUCCUGGAGCCUGUUCUACCUGAGCAACUCUUUUCGUCACCCCUUGCCCUGGGACCAUUGCCCACUGGUGAAGAACAUCAAUGUCACUGGCUUCUCUUGCCUUCAGACUGUGCCCCACCAGUACUUCUGGUAUCAUACCACCCUGAGUGCCUCGAGCAACAUUGAGGAAGGGAUCGAUGCCCUUGUCCUGAACCUCAGCGUGGGCAUCUUUGCAACUUGGGUCCUCCUCUUCCUAAUCAUGAUCACAGGAAUACCAACGUCAAUGCCAGUAAGCCCCCCUGACCACUGACCCCACUCCUCCUUUGCAAAUCCUAAAAUUCCCCAGAUUCCCUGCCCCAAUGUCAUCCAAAUCCUUUCUGCUGGCUGCUCUUCUAUAGUCCCCAUGACCCUGCCACUCACCCCUUAGGGCAAUCUCAGAUGUGACCACCCCUUAGUGCAGGGCUCCUGAGGACAAUCCCUGGACUCUCCUUUCUCUACAAAGUACUGCUCUGCACUCUACAUGGCUUGGAGGAUGCCUCCUCCUGGCCCAGCUCCUCAUCUCCACAUAACUGAAUAUGGAGACCCAUGGGCACCUUUCAGACCAGACUGGUCUCAGGCCCCAGCCCUGCAGCCUCGGCCUUCCUGCAUUUUUUUUGAGACAGAGUCUAACUGUACCUUGGGUAGAGUGCUGUGGCCUCAUUGCUCACAGCAACCUCUAACUCUUGAGCUCAAGUGAUCCUCUUGCCUCAGCCUCUCACUUGAGUAGCUGGGAUGACAGGUGCCCACCACCAAGCCUGCUAGGUUUUUUUUUCCUCUUUAGUAGAGAUGAGGUCUUGUUCUUGCUUAGGCUGGUCUCAAACUCUUGAGUUCAAGACAUCCUCCUGCCUAAGCCUCCCAGAAUGCCAGGAUCACAAUGUCAGCUGACCUUCCUGCAUUUCGACAGUACAUGUUAACCCCUAAAGGAGCUGAUUGCCCCAGUUCCUUUCUGGCUAUCUAUUUACAGUAUUUUAUUCCAGUCUACACUUUCAGUCCAUCUCCUCAGCACCAGCAUCAUAUUCCCUUUAUGUGGAAAAUGUAUUUCAUAGUGUUUAUGAGAUCAUUGUGGCUAAUGCCAGCUGCAGCUCCUGGUACCUGCAUCCAUUUGAGCUUCAACUUUCCCCUCACACAUCAACUCACCAUCUCAUCACAGCCUCCAGAGUAAACCACUCACCCAAUCAUUACUAAGGGUUUGGGUGGGGGGCACUGAGAGAAGAAGGGGACUUAGCUUUUCUGCCCCAGAUGAAAAAAUUCCUCUUAAUCAUAUUAUUUUCCCCCAAGAUCUCUUCUCAGUUUCUUUUCCCCUCUCUUUCCCUGUGACGUCUUUCCAUGCCGUCUUUAGCUUCAGUAGCCCCUUCCCCCUGUGUAGUUCCUAAACUCACACACAGGCCAAAAAACUAAGGCCUGUGAAUUAAGUGUCCAACUGCCUCACCAUUUAAAAGCAAUCUUUACUUGGAAUCUCACUGCUAUCUCUAGGCAGCUUAUUGAUGAACUUGUCUUCCCAAACAGCAUUGUUGUCUCCCUAGUGUAGUGCUCCCCCACGUCUCUCUUGUCAUCCCUGGGCCACCUUAAUACUCUCUGCAUCUGUCCUGCUGCUACUACUGACCUGCAGUCCCCCCACUAACGCUUACCUCUGUCUUUGCCUCCUCCCCAUUUCUCUUGCCUCCUGUUUUGUGUCCUGACCCACCCGGCCAGCUGCUGGUUUUCUCAGUAUUCCUCCCCUACGUCCUUCUCCUCUGCUUCUUCAUCCGAGGUCUCUUCCUGGAAGGUGCAGUCUCCAGCCUUAGACGUAUGGUGACAACAGAGGUGAGGCUGGGAACUCCAAACCCUGUCCCUCCCUCAACAGUUAGGGCCCCUGAGUCUCCUUCCUCCACAUCUGCCCUCCAACUUCUGCUCCCAGCCUACCCUUUAUCCCUCUGUUCUCUACCUUAGUCUGCCCCUCUGCCAACUGACUGGUGUUUCCACCCUCUAAGCCCAUUCCCACUGUCUCUCCCCCUCACCCCCACAGCUCUCUGCCUUAGCCACGCUAGACCUGUGGCGUCAGGCAGGAAGCCAUGUGCUCUAU